UUCCAUCUCAGCAAGCCAAGGCGCCAACCAAGCCACUACUACUGCCAUAGUGUCCUGUCCAUCUGAAUCAAGCAGCACGCCCUCAAAUCAACCGAGAGAUACCAUGGAUGCCACCACCGGCCGCGCGUACGAGGACUUCGUGCCUCCGCACAACAUGGUCACCGAGCCGGCGACCCACAUCCUCACCGUCGACCUCUCCGCUGCAGGGUACAGGAAGGAGCACAUCAGGGUGCAGCUGGUCCGGAGCCACGGGCUGGUGGUCGUGCGCGGCGAGCGCGCCGUCGCGGGCAACCGCUGGAGCCGCUUCCGGCUGGAGUUCAGGGUGCCUGACGGCUGCGAUGUCAGGGGCAUCCACGCCAAGUUCGAGGGAGGCGUUGUGCGGGUCACCAUGCCCGGGAUCAAGACCGGGCCUGCAGCCGCGGUCGGCGGCAAGCUGCCGGAGCCCGCUGCCGGCGUUCGAGACGCUCAAGGAGGAGACAAGAAGGAAGACGAGAACGUGCAGAGACAGCCGGAGGAGGAGCGUGUGGUGAAAGAUGGUGGCCACCUUGACCAUGGCGCCGGCGUUGUCGGAGGAAUGGAAGCGCUCGCUGCACCAGCGUCGUCAGGCCGCGGCUACAGCUACCUCCCGGAACGUAGGAUGCUCCUGACCACCGUGGUCGGCGCGGUGCUCGUCCUGUUUAGCCUUGGCAUCUAUGUCAGGUAUAGCUUCGGGGCAUGAGCUGAGACACUGCAGCGUAUCUGCAUGGUGUUUGGCUUCUCGACGUCAGAGCAGGCCAGCGGAGAUAAACCACUAGAUGGACAAGCGCCGCUUCGCUUCGCCGCGCGGCCUGCCUGUCGUUAUCACAAGGUGUGGCACUUGUGGUGCACCUCACGGGUGCUCUAAUCUGGGUUGUAGCCACAUAUGUGGUCUAGGAGAGUUUCAGCUAUUUAUGAGAAUAAAUAAG